CAUGAAUGAUCUCCGGACGGUGUGUUGGUGGGCCCAAGAGUCGCCUGUGCGACUGUAGAGCGACUCGGAAGCUUCAGUGAAGCGUCAAAUUGCACAGUGUGUGGUGAGGUGCCCAAAAUUCCUGAGGACUUCAGGGUUCCCCAGGACCCUGAUCACCCCAAGCAGACGCACCCCGUGCUACCAGUGCCGUGGGUGGUGCAGUGCGUGCGUCGAGAGGAAGUGCAGAGCAUUGGAAUUUGAGAAACUGCUGUGGCAGUCUUUUUUGUGGUGCGCGCAAGAAAAACAAGUUCAGAAGUGGCCGCGCGUGUGUGAGUGCAAUUGUGGCUUUUUGCGUUCAAUUGCCCUCCACUCUGGCCGAAUUGGCAGCUGCCAGUGCCGUGGGAUUUGGGGUCCUUGGUUCGCGCGCCGCCAUUGUCUCCAGCGUCUCGGUGUGAGACUGACUGGGGCGCACCUUGAGCCCGGGUGAUCUCUUCUGGGCGGAAGUGUCGGAAGCGCCAAAACUCGUUUUUGGUGCGCCUCUCGCCUUCAUCUUGACCGAUUGUGCCACUUUCCCGGACAAGCCAGUGGCGACGUUGACCUCAAUCGCUGCCGAAAACGUGUUCUGGCCACUCGAGAAUCUCUGCCCAAUCACCUGACUCUCUCCCCGGACAAUUAGCAGGUGCCAGAGAGCGAGAGAGAGAGAGAGCACGCAGAAGACCCAAUUCCGUCAUGUCCACCAGUCAGAAUCACAAGAUAGCCGCAAAUGUAUUGACUCUGUCCACUGCCAAGCAAGUGCCGAAGAAGAAUCCCCCGCCGUCACAGCUCCAGUACCCGCCACGCUACCAGCCGCCCCCACAGCCGCCAGGAGGCAUCCUCAAGGGCACGCUCUCUGCUCACCUGAAGCGCCAGACCGCCUCCUACUACCACUCGGACCACGCCGCCAGCCAGCCCGGACCCAAGUACCCCGCCGGCGCCUUCUUGCCGGAAAAGACUCCCUCGCGCAUCGUCCCGCCGCGCGUACAGCUGCGCCUCAGCCAGGGCGGAACAGCUCCUGGCGCCCCUGCACCGGCCACUGGGCAAAGGAUCGCAGGACCUCCACCGCCUCCGCCCCCACCAGCCGCGACGACAGACGAGGAGCCGCCCUUCGCUAGACUGAGCGCCUCUGCGCCGCCCACGCAGGAGAUGCUGAAGUUCGUGCGGAAGCCAGACAGCGAGCAACCGUCGCCCACGUCCUCCAGUGGCGGCAGAAUCUCAUCGGCGGAGCACAACAGACAUCUGCAGAGUCUCAUUGCUGAAUUGAGAGCCCUGAAGGAAGUGAACCAGCGCUUGAGUGAUGAUAAUCAAGAGCUGCGAGAUUUAUGCUGCUUUCUCGACGAUGAUCGCCAGAAGAGCCGCAAAUUGUCACGCGAAUGGCAUCGUUUUGGCCGCUACACGGCCAGCGUGAUGCGUCAGGAGGUUUCGGCUUAUCAGAACAAACUGCGCCAGUUGGACGACAAGCAACAGGAAUUGAUCAGGGACAAUCUGGAGCUGAAGGAUCUGUGUCUGUAUCUGGAUGAGGAGCGCGCCAAUGCCACUUCCGUGGCGCGUGUGUGCUCCAAUUGUGGCGCCACAAUGGAGCCAGUGGUGCGCGAUGACGGAGACGGAAGCAGCUCCAGCACGAACGCCGAUGAGCCCAUGAUAAGGAACUUCGAGAGGAGCAUUCCCGAACUCAACAUCCGACCGACCAUCACCGAUCAGACGCUGCAGUACGUGCGAUCGCUGGAGCGGCGGAUCCGACAGCUGGAGGAGGAGAACACCAGGACCACACCCACGCCGCAGGCCGCCCAGGAUCCCAUCUCGGGCCGGCCGGAGGCCGUGGUGCGGGCGCUCCAGGUGCUGGAAGUGCGCGAGCAGCUCGAGCGCGAUCACCGCCAUCGCGGCCACGUCGCGCUGGACUCCGCCUCGCCCUCGGUGCCAAUGGAUGACGGCGAGAAGGCGCUGGUGCGCGAGAUGUGCAACGUGAUGUGGCGCAACGGUGGCAAACUCGAUGACACGUCGUCCAAUGAGCCGGAAAUGGACUGCUGACGUCCAAGUGUACAAAUCUCUCUCUGUCAUUUCCUUCAAAAUAAACUCCCUCUUUAUAUUUAUGCA